AUGAGAUGGAGCGGAGUUGGUAUAGAUGAGUGGUGGAGAAAUGAGCAAUUUUGGGUAAUUGGAGGUGUUUCAGCACAUUUAUUCGCUGUGUUCCAGGGACUAUUGAAGGUGUUAGCUGGGGUUGAUACAAACUUCACCGUGACAUCAAAAGCGGGGGAUGAUGCUGACUUCUCAGAACUAUAUGCAUUCAAGUGGACUACAUUGCUCAUCCCACCGACCACACUGUUAAUAAUAAACUUGAUAGGAGUAGUUGCUGGCGUCUCUAAUGCAAUAAAUAAUGGGUAUGAGUCUUGGGGUCCUCUGUUUGGUAAGCUCUUUUUCGCCUUCUGGGUGAUAGUUCAUCUGUACCCUUUCCUUAAAGGUCUACUCGGCCGGCAGAACAGGACUCCAACGAUCAUUAUUGUCUGGUCAAUUUUGCUUGCCUCCAUAUUUUCCCUUUUGUGGGUUCGGAUUGAUCCCUUCUUGGCCAGGUCGGAUGGCCCAGUUCUCAAGGAAUGUGGAUUGGACUGUACUUAGCAGUGAUUCUACUCUUAUUGAGAUGCAUUGAUAUGAAGUUUGUGUCGACGAUGCAAAUAAAUGUUUGGGGAUGGUCUCUGCAAUCCGUAGAUUAAAUCUGUGUCAGGGGUUGCUUUGUCUCGUUGCGCUUUUGGUGGAAAUGGAAUUGAUCAUACCCGAGUUUCAGUGUGUAGUGUGGGAUUGUUGAGCACAUCUACAAAGAACGCUCCUCAUUCUUUAUUAUUAUAUCGGUAUAUUUAGAGAAGAGGUGGAGAGCCAUGGUACCACCCUACGCUCCUCUCUCGCUCUCUCUCUUCUCUUCUUCACAAUAAAGGUGGUUUUGCUCUACUACAGGUAACUACAAAAGUGUAAUUCAAUGUGCAAAUAUUUAGUUGUUGGUGCUUUUUCUCCAGUGGAUUGUGGCCUUGUGGGAGUGGAAGUUGCUGUUAGACGCCCCCAUUGUUCCUGCUAAAAAGUGCUCAUGUUGCCAAAGAUUACGCUGUUGGUAAUUUUCCAAUUACUGAUCGAAU